ACUGCUCCUUCCUCACAUUUCAACUAGGAAGGAAGUAAAGCAUUUCUGUGAGGUAAUUUCUUUGAAUUUCUUUUGGUACCUUGCUCCGAGGUCCUAGUGGUUCUCCUCUGGACAGGUAGAAGGCGUUCAGUAAAUGUUUACCGUGCUUCCCCCCAUUUCCUUCUCCCUCUGGAGCAAUACUCUGCUGAGUGUAUAAAUUCUGCUACAGUUUGUGUGCAUGUUUUUAAGAGCUUCCUUUGGUCUUACCUCAUUGUGGUCAAGAUCAAGAGUCGCCAGCGAGACCGGAAAUGGCUGGUAUGCAGUAGGAACUCAAAUGCCCAGAGAUGGAGAGGCGUGGGGGGGGCUGGGGAGGACUUCUAAAGUGCCUGCUGCCUUUCUGUUGUAAUAUCAAGUCCCCGCCCACUUGACACUGGACUGAACCCCGCGUAGUUGCGGGAUGAUGCUGAGCAAACCCCGGACGGUGGCCGGGUGUACAGCAGGUGCUCACUACCCACCAGCUGGACUGGAUUUAGGUCUUGAGUGAUCAGACCUCAUAAGCCUGUCUGACCUUUGAAACAGGACAGGGAGGGACGUGGCCCCCAAUCCUGCUUUGCCUGGUCAGCAUGUGCUAGGUGACCCCGGGUCUCAGGUUCUAAAGCCCAGAGUCAGCUGAACAUGGUGGGAUGGGAUUUUUGCGGGGUUGAGAGCACGGGCUUGGGAACCAAACAGACUUUGGGUCAAAUCCCAGCUCCCCCAUCUCUAAAAUGGGGACAGUAAUACCUUUGUGACAUCUUUCUCGUCCUGAGAGUGCUGAGUGGCACACGUCCGUGCCUCCUCUCAGCCCUCAGCCCUCCCCACCCUCUGUGCCCUGCAGCGUGUUCCAAAGAGCAGCCAUGUCCGCCCUGUACCCAUCUCUGGAGGACCUGAAGGUGGACCAAGCCAUGCAGGUAAACUGCCAGGCCAUCAGCCUGGGGUCCCCUGACGGGGCCUUCUGGAUUACGCCAGGGUAGCUAAGGGAGGCUUGUCUUGGGUCAAGUGUUGGGGACCCCUGGGAGUUCCUGACUGGCCCCAGGGCAUGCAGGUCCCCACUGCAGGGCCUGCUGGGCAGAGCAGGUGUCCAGAGGCCAAGGCAAUGGAAUUACAGAAGGUGGAGAAGACCAAGCAGCUGCAGACCGGCCCGUCUGGUGCCUGCUCUAUCCCAGUGCUUCCUCCAUCCGGGUUCGUGUAGAACCCAUGCUCUAGGACAAGCUUCCAGAAUAAACCCUGUGGCCGUGGCGUUUGGCCUACUCAGCCCCCAGAAACCCUUUUCUCCUUCCAUCCCACAUGAAGUCCUAGUGGGUUUUGAGAAUUGGGGGCUUUUUGACUGAAAAUUUGCCUUGGCUGCCUCAGGUAGUAAACGAGCUGUGACAUUUGGUGGGUUGCGGGCCCCCGGGAGAACCUCCCUCCAGAAGCGUGGACAUCUGCAGAGGCCACAUUUACUCCAAGGGUCAUGGACAACCCCCCUCAGGCCGCCAGCAUACCUAAUGCCCUGACCCCCAGCCUCAGGGAGCCCCAGGCCUCAAGGGCUCUGGGGCUCAUGGCCACAGCUGACCGGUACUCCCCAUCCGUCCCCAGGCCGAGGCCAGAGCCGUACCCAGGAUGCCCGCCCUGCCGGGGCAGGGAGCAGACUCCCAGCCUUCAGUUUUGUACCCAAACUUGGCGGAAUUGGAAAGUUAUAUGGGUCUUUCGUUCUCCAGCCACGAAGUCCAGCAGAACCUGCCUCAGAUUCCAGAAGGUGCCAGUGCAGCGGUCUCGGGCCCCUCACCGGACCAGGUGGUGGCGCCGGUGUCCGGGAACAGCAUGGGCGUGCUGCCUGGGGAGGUCAAGCCUGGGGUGCGCGAGAUCCACCUGUACAAGGACGAGCGCGGCAAGACGGGGCUGCGGCUGCGGGCCAUCGACAAGGUGGAGCUGGGGGUCGGGGGGGAGAGGAGGGGCCCCGCGGAGGGCGGAGGGCGAGCCCGCGUGCUGGACAGCGCCCGCCCGCCCUCAGCCCGAGCUGCCAGCCCUCCUCCGCGCGCCUCCGGGGUUCUGGCCGCCUCGUCCACCAGCGGGAGAGGAGGCAGCGCGGGGAGCCCCAUCCACAGGGCUCUUUGUGCAGCUGGUCCAGGCCAACACCCCCGCGUCCCUGGUGGGGCUGCACUUCGGGGACCAGAUCCUGCAGAUUGAUGGGCGCAACUGUGUCGGGUGGAGCACAGGCAAAGCCCACCGGGUGGUGAAGAAGGCGUCGGCUGAGAAGAUUGUCAUGGUUGUUCGGGACAGGACAUUCCAGCGGAUCGUCACCAUGCACAAGGACAGCACAGCCCACGUCGGCUUCGCCAUCAAGAAGGGGAAGGUCAUCUCUUUGGUCAAAGGGAGUUCUGCAGCCCGCAAUGGGCUCCUCAUCAACCACCACGUGCGCGAGGUGAACGGGCAGAACGUCACUGGGCUGAAGGACAAAGAAGUCAUGGAGAUUCUGGCCACAGCCGGGAACGUCAUCAACCUGGCCAUCAUCCCCACUGUGAUCUAUGAGCACAUGGUCAGAAAGUUGUCCCCAACCCUGCUCCACCACACCAUGGACCACACCAUCCCUGACAUCUGAAGCCACGGGAGAGCAGCUCAGCCCUCUCACCCUCCAGCAAGAAAGGGAGAGUCCUCAGGGGACAGGCUGUGGAGGCCUGCUGCCUGGGGGCGGGGCUGUCUCGAGGUGGGCGUGUUCUGGGUGGGGCAACAUUGGAUCACAUGGGCCUGUCAUUUAUACACACUGGCCUCCUUGGAGCCUCAGCCUCUUAACUGGGCUAAGGCAGGGGCAGGGCCCACAGGCAGUGAUUCUCUGAGCCGAUUUAAAUGCUGGGCACAUAGGCAGGCCGACUAAACACUUCCUAAAGUUGCAGCUGGGUCCCUUUCAAAAUUUUGCCUCUACCAGUAAAACAUUUCCACGGUUUGAGAGAACAAAUACAUUUUUUUGUGAGAAUUGUUUCUUUUCCCUUUACUUGUUCUUUGUCACAAACUGUAUUUAGUUAUAACCCUUCACUGUCUUUUGAAUAAAGAUUUGAUUUUACA